AACAAGCCUUUCAUUACAUGUAUCACUAUCAAUGGAUAUAUUGGAUAUAUAUCAACAGGAACUGUUUUCUAACAAUCAACAAGCAAGAGAUAAGAAGGUCCAAAGGCAUUGUUUAAAGUCUCACAAAAACUAAUCAGAGAAACAAAGGCAAUAUAUUGACAAAAGAUCGGGAUAAAAAUAAGAUUUAUGACGUCCGUAAAUCUAACAGCAAGAAGUCGAAGUAUACAAGCAAAUGAGACGCCACUGUCUGUAUCUCUGGCAGAAGAUGCUGAAGAGAGAGCAGUGGCUGAAGUCUAUAGAAAAUAUGCAGAUUACAUAAGGCAAAAUGUCGAACUGGAUGAAAGACACCUCAACAAACUUCUUGAUAGUGUGAUAACUCAGGGAGAGUUUGAAAGUCUUUUGAGCCAAUCAGACACUGAAGCACUUAAUGAGCUCCUCCAAGUGCUGCCAAGGAAGGGACCACAUGGUUUUGAGGUGUUUGUCUAUGAUAUUCUGUUUAAAGACUUCCGCUCUGUUGGUGAAUUCUUGGACAGAAAGCUUCAUGAAGAAACACAAACUAGCAAAAGAGGUGACCUGUCUCCAAUGUCCCCCAACAAUGCAACAGCAUCCACUACCGACUUUACCAUGCAGUCAACAGUGCUACAUAGACAGAGCAGCACACCAUGCAUGCGCCAAACUAUAUAUACAAGGUCAAAUGAAGGUCAAAUGAAGGCAAGGUCAAAUGAAGACAUUAAUAGCCACACAGAUAAUCAUCAACAUCAGAUCAACAGAAUAUUCAGCAAACUUAGCACCCACAUGAAGAACAGGCACUCUGGAACGGGUCUGAACCAACUCUACUGUCAGACACCGCAGCCAGCCACCCUAGACGAGAUUGAAGCCCAUCUUAUUACACUGCUAAAAAGUAUUGAGGAUUGUUACAAACAAUUCAAUGCCAAGACCUGGAACACCUCGCUAAAAUCAUCAAUAAUUGAACUGAAAAUUGAGAGAGACAAACUGUACCGCAGAGCUAACGACCACACAAGUACACUGGAAACAAAACUAAGAAACGAGAAGGGCAAGAUUGAGAAACUGGAAGAAAAGGUUAAAAAGCUUGAAGAGUUUAAAGCCAUCUUUGAUGAGUACACAACAGCAAGAGAAAUCGCUGAAGAACUUGGGAAAGCAAGAAAAGAAAUGGAAGGAGUUACAGAUGAACUUAAAAACAUAAAAGAGGAAAACAAACAGUUGUCAAGAACAGUGGAAAGAUCCCAAACAGAACUGGAUAGAUACAAGAAAGCUGUUACAAAGCUGGAAAAAGAAAAUGAGAAAUUAUCUCUAAAACUUAACAUUGACAUAACUUCAAGUGAAAGUCAGCCCACUUGUUUGGCAGUUACUAAUGAAUCCAGGCCAUGUACUUCAAAAUCAUAUAAGCCCCCAAAAGUAAAGAAGAAUCGCAAGCGUAAAAAGCACUUAUAACUGUGUGAUUACUUUGAAUUCACACCCAAGAAAAACACUGAUCAAUUAUGCAAUUAUUUUGAAUUGUUGUUUUUUAAACAUUCAGUUAUAACUAUUUUUUAUUUUUCAAGAAGAGUGCCAUGUUGUUAUAACCUGAAGGAACCAGAAAGUAAAUUAAAAUGUUUUCACAACACUUGUGGACAAAUCAUUACAAUAAAAAAGCACCUGUGGUCAAAUCAAAACCCUAAUAAUCAACACAUGCAGACAAAUCAUUACAAUAGUUGUCAACAUAAAAAUCAUUUUCAAAUGAAAACUUCAGAAUUGACAGAAAUAGCAUAUGAUUAGUAAUAGCAAAUAUA